CGUGGCCGCGAGCUCGGCCGGUGACGCCGCUGACGCGGGGACCCCGGGCGCACAGGCCCAGCGCCCUCGGAAGAGGCGGCCGGCGCGGAUGGGGGCGGCGCAGACCCUCCCGGGCCACAGGUGACCCCCGUGGGCCCCGCGGCCUCCGUGACCCCUCGCCGGCCCCGCGACCCGGAGGACGCGUGCUCAGUCUUGGGGCGCCGAGUGUCGGGAGCCCGGCUGGAGGUGGAGAGAGGCCGAGGGAUCGGCGCCGAACGCGGCCGUCAGCGCCCCCUGCGUGUGUUCCCUGGACUGGCCGUGCUGGGCUUGGCCAAUUCCGCAGCGCUUUCCAGGUCGCCCAGACCCGUGGAGACCAUCGUGUGGACCAGCCCGGAUCGCCUUACCGCUCUGUGUUUGAGUUAAACUUCCUACAGGCAAACCAUUACGAGCUUUGAUGUCUUCAAGGCAAAGAGGAAACUUUAACUACAAAUUGGCAUUUAAGUUACUUUCUUCCUUUUUUUUUGUCCUAAAGCUUGGCUUUGGAAAACUGAGGUCUGCCAUCAUGGAUGUUCUCGCAGAAGCAAAUGGCACCUUUGCCUUAAACCUUUUGAAAACGCUGGGUAAAGACAACUCGAAGAAUGUGUUUUUCUCACCCAUGAGCAUGUCCUGUGCCCUGGCCAUGGUCUACAUGGGGGCAAAGGGAGACACCGCUGCACAGAUGGCCCAGGUACUUUCUUUCAAUAAAAGUGGCGGUGGUGGAGACAUCCACCAGGGCUUCCAGUCUCUUCUCACCGAAGUGAACAAGACUGGCACACAGUACUUGCUUAGGACAGCCAACAGGCUCUUUGGGGAAAAGUCUUGUGAUUUCCUCUCAUCUUUUAGAGAUUCCUGCCAAAAAUUCUACCAAGCAGAGAUGGAGGAGCUUGACUUCAUCAGCGCUGUAGAGAAGUCCAGAAAACACAUCAACUCCUGGGUAGCGGAAAAGACAGAAGGAAAAAUUGCGGAGUUGCUCUCUCCGGGCUCUGUGGAUCCACUGACGAGGCUGGUUCUGGUGAAUGCUGUCUAUUUCAAAGGAAACUGGAAUGAACAGUUUGACAAGGAGAACACCAAGGAGAGGCCGUUUAAAGUCAGCAAGAAUGAGGAGAAACCUGUGCAAAUGAUGUUUAUGCAGUCUACUUUUAAGAAGACCUAUAUAGGAGAAAUAUUUACCCAAAUCUUGGUGCUUCCGUAUGCUGGCAAGGAACUGAAUAUGAUCAUCAUGCUUCCGGACGAGACCACCGACUUGAGAACGGUGGAGAAAGAACUCACUUACGAGAAGUUCGUAGAAUGGACGAGGCUGGACGUGAUGGAUGAAGAGAAGGUGGAAGUGUCCCUCCCUCGGUUUAAACUGGAGGAAAGCUACGACAUGGAGAGCGUCCUGGGCAGCCUGGGCAUGACCGACGCCUUCGAGCUGGGCAAGGCAGACUUCUCUGGAAUGUCCAAGACAGACCUGUCUCUGUCCAAGGUCGUGCACAAGUCCUUUGUGGAGGUCAACGAGGAAGGCACGGAGGCCGCCGCCGCCACAGCUGCCAUCAUGAUGAUGCGGUGCGCCAGAUUCGUCCCCCGCUUCUGCGCCGACCACCCCUUCCUUUUCUUCAUCCAGCACAGCAAGACCAACGGGAUUCUCUUCUGCGGCCGCUUUUCCUCUCCCUGAGGACAGGGCGGUGUCUGUGUGCAGCCCCUCUCCUCUCUGUCCCCUGACACUCCACAGUGUGCCUGCAACCCGAGUGGCCUUAUCCGUGCCGUGGGGGCAGUUCAGAAAUAAAGGCCCCAUGGUGGGACGCCGCAUU